AUGCACCCCGAAAUGCUCGGACAAGCCGGCGGCACCGUCGACGUGAUGACCGCGCACGGUGGAGGCGGAGGCGUAGUCGGACAGCCCGUUGCCAUAGCUACUGCUCCACAGGGUUGGGUCUCCUGGAUGGCGAUUGCGGGACAGGCGAUUAUGGGACACGAUUGGUGGGGGUUGCAGGUUGCGGGGGUGGUGGUGCUGGUUAUUGUGAGGCAUUUGGUGGGGGGUCCCGCGGUGGAAGCUGUGGCGGUGGGGUGUGUGGUUGUUGGGCAUUGGGUUACGGUUGUGUAG